AUGAGCCCAGACAGCCUGCUGUCCCGCCUCGCGGAGAGCGGCGCGUCGGGCGCUGCCGAGCCCGCGGUCGCCGCGCCCGCGGCGGCGGGUAGCAGCGGUCAGGCGCUCCGCCGCGAGGAGGCGCAGGAGUCCAGGCGCGCGCUGGCCUGGCGGCGUUCAGGCCUGCCGGGCAGCCAGCAGCGUCGCAGAUCGAGCGCCCUUGCCAGCAUAACGGGCAGCGCCGACAGCGCCGACAGCAGCGCCGACAGCAGCGCCGACAGCGAGCCGCUGGGCGCGCCGGCGCCUGCUGAGGCUGCGCCGCCCGCCGCCACCGCGCCGCCUCCCGCCGCGGCGCCCUCGCCUGCCGCGCGGCAGCUGGCCGCGGCCGCGGAGCUCGCCGCAGAGCUCGCGCGCCGGGCCGAGGCCCAGCGCGCGCUGCGGCAGGAGAAGCUCGACCUGCUCUCCCGCGAGAGCGCCCAGCGCACCCGGCGGUACGUCCGCGGGCUGCUCGCCACCGUGGGCCUGCCGGCCGCCGGCGACGACGAGAUGGCGGCCCUCGCGCAGCAGCUGGACGAGCUCGAGCGCACGGCGCUCGCGGCGCACCUGCGCCGGCUCCUCGCGCGGCCGGAGGCGGCGGCGCGCUGGCAAGGCGUGAAGGCGCUGGCGCGCGGGCAGCUGGGCCACGGGUCGCCGCUGCAGCGCAUCCAGGCCCUCGGCGGCGGGGACCGCGUCGUGAGCGCCUCGUCGGCUGUGGCGCGCAGGAUCCUGGCCCUCGCCGGGGAGCAGCGGGGCGCUGCCCAGCGCGCCAGCGGCUCCGCCCCGGGCCUGGAGUCCUCGCCUGCGCCUGGGGCUCGCGGCGCCGCCGACGACAGGGAGGCGGCGGCGGCGCCAGGCGCCGGGCAGCCAGCCGCAUCCGAGGCGGGGCCCCGCGGCGCCGGCCCGCCGCCAGCGGCCGGCGCCGCCCCGGCGCACGCGCCGGAGCCGUGCGCGGGUGAGGAGCCGCGGCCACCUGCGGGCGAGAAGAGCGAGGACGGCUUCGGGGCCGCCACGCCGGCCCCUGCGGGGGAAGCGCCCGCCCCGGGCACUCCAGCAGGCGGCGCGGCCGCGGCGGCCCGGGCCGCGGCAGGGCAGCGGCUGACGGGCGUUGAGCUGGCGGACCUCCUCCAACUGAUCUUCUCGGGCGAGGAGGGCGCGGCAGCCGCCGUGGCCUCGCUUCAGCAGGCGGACGGCAGAGCGCUGGCCGAGGGAGGCGGCGGUAGGGCUGGUCGCGCCGAGGCCAUUCGGGAGCUGCAGCGCUUUGCCCGGCGCGCUGCCGCUCGCGGCAGCGGCCCGGAGGCGCUCGAGGGCCUUCUCGGGGAGGCCAGGUCCAUGUUCGACCGGCUGGGCGCCAGCGGCGUCGAGGGCGGUGCGCUCUGCAAGCGCUUGUCCGCCUCGAUGGGUGCGGGCUGCUGGUCAGGGCGGGCGCCCGGCGGCCGCUGGGAGUCCGUCGGGGCGGGCGGUGCCCGGCCGGCCAGCGCGCCGGCCGCGCAGUGGUGCAUGAGGCCGUCGGAGGAGGCGGCCGUCGCCCGGGGCAGCGUGACCCGCCAGGCGGCGCGCCAGGCGCGGUGCAGGCGCGCGUCGCAGCUGGGCCUCUGGAGCGACGACCUCGGCGGCGAGUGGGACCUGCUGAGGAAGGAGGUCAGGCAGCAGAAGGUCGAGAUGUACGAGGAACACCUCCGCCUCCGUGCUCAGUACCUCGACGAGGCCUCAGACGGCGAGGGCGCGGAGCAGGGCGCCGGCUCGCAGAUGGUCUGGCUGAGCCUCAGGGGCGGAGGCGGUGCCGGGGCGAGCGGCGACGUACGCGCGGCGGCCCAGGCGCUGUGGAGCGGGCUGCUCGGGCCGCGGAGGUUCGCUUGUGGCGGCGGCACCGCGGGCGCCCGCAAUGAGCCCCGCGGCGAGGUGGGCGGCGGCCAGGGGAUCGUGCUGCGCCAGCCUGCCUCCGCGCGCGCCGUGGCAGGCCCGCUGGUGGAGGCCGCUGGCAGCGGCGGCGGCCGACGGCACUCGGUAGGCCCUCUGGCCAGCUUGGCGCUGGUGAUGGUCGAGAAGAGGUUCCCCGACGGCGGCGCCGUCACCUUGUCGAGCGCGCUCUCGGUGGGACAACGACUGGGCAUACCGCGAGGACACUUCAGAGAACGCGUGUAUGCUGUUGCUCACGCGACCUUCGUGGCCUCGCGAGAGCACGUGCUGUCCGUCAUCGACCGCAUGCUUGGCGCAUGCAGGGCCUCUCGGGAGCAGCUCGGUAGUGCUGUCACCGCGCCAUUGGUGUUCUUCCGAAAGCGCAAAUACGAUGGCACACGCAUGAAGCUCACGACCACCGUGUCGCAGGUGUACGAUGACGACGUCAUCUGUGAGCACACGGUUGGCGCUCGCGACGUUUUCGUCGCCAAGGGCCAGUUCGGCAUGAUGAUGCGACGCAGGGCCGAUGGUGGUGCUGCGGACUUCUUGCACGUGCAUGGCACUGUGCCGACGCAUCUUUGUGUGCUCGACGGCUCUUCUGCUGAGGUCGUGCACGCGGCUCUGCGCAGGCAAUUGGAUCUGCCUUGCGACGGCCCCCUCGACCUGAUGGUCCCCAGGCAGGUGGACAUCGCGUGCUGCGACGCUGCCAGUGGCAACCUCCGAGACGAGCGUGCCUUUGCAGAAGCGUUCCCUCGGAGGUCUCAGCUGACCUUGUUGUGUCGGGCACACAAGAAGAAGAAGGUCGCCGAGCAGGGGCUCAUCGCGAUCAGGCCAUUCGACACGAACCUCGUUCGAUGUCAAAUGUCCUUGGCGGGUGAUCACCUUCUCGAGCUGAGACACCAGGCCAGGUUGAUCCAUGGAGAGCAGCUCGACGACGUGAACGCCUUCAGGGAGCAGCACGACCAGCGAGUUGCUGGCGGCCGCGCCUGGAUGCUCAGCGGCGCCGUCGCUGACGAUCUGUUCAUCGGCUCGGUGCUGGCCGUGCGCACGGACUCCUACGUCACGCGGCAGUUGGCCUCCAGCGGCUCGGCAUUCGAGAAGCUGCAGCAGCGCAGGGUGUCCCGCGGAGAGCCGAGGACAUAUCAAGUGUGGCUGGCUCAUGAGGACGAGGACACCCAUGAGUUGUUCAGAACAUGCUACGAGUCAAUCUUCAACGCAGCAUCGUGGUCUCCAUUGCAGGAGCAUACGGAGGCGGUGUCGCUGAAGGUUUACCGUUUGAUGUCAAGGAUGGGCGGGGUCGCAUACCAUCUUGUGCACAGGGCCAAUCGGAAUUGGCCGAUGCCGUUGUUGUAUGCCCUCAAGGAGCCUGCACAUUUGCACGCUCUCGGUGCGACCAAGCCCUGCCUUCUGGACCCGUACUCCCUGGAUUUCGCGAAGUUCUACCAUGGGCGUUUGGGCUCGCAGGAGGCAUCGAAUGAACUGAAGGGCGUCCUGGUCAUGGCCGACAUGGACACCGCCGACGUGGAACGGCUGCAUUCGGUGAACCAGAGGAGUGCGCGCUUCAGGGUUUGGACACACGUCGAGACCGUCGCAGAGGUGAGUGCCCAUUUCACGGCGCAGUCGGCAAGUGAUUUCGACGUCGAUUCAGCACCUUGCCCGACCGACCUUCGGAGAGGCCCUGCCCCGAGGCGGAAGCGCCAGGCGCAGGGCCCGCGACGCGGUCGCAACAGCCUCCAGCAGUGGAUGUGGCGCGCAUUCGUGCACGUGAACGGCAUGUACAUAUCUGAUGGGACUGCUGCAGAGUUGUCGGAGAUGUAUUCUCAGCUGGAGGGGCCUGAGCUUGAUCAGUACAGGCUGCUGGCUGCCAUUGCGAGGGAUCGCCAUCUGUCUGGGGAGCGUGGCUUUGACAGGCGUCGGAAGCCGAGGGUGUCCUCGGCGUCGGACGGCGCGCUAGCUCUCGGCAUGGAGCCGAGCCGCCCUCGGAGCAAGCGUCCAGCAGCAGAGGGUGUCGCGCCGCAGGUAUCUCAGUUCGCCAACGUUCGCUCGUCGAUUCUGGAGGCUGCGGCGGCUGCUCGGGAGGAGGCCUCCCGCCGACGUCGCAGGGAGGGCUCGCAAGAGACCCGCGUGGCGGCCGCGGUGCGCGAUGCUGCCCGCGCGUCCAGGCAGGCCAGCUUGGAGCGGGACGGCAGCCUGCUCGCGCUCGUGGAUCGGGCCGCUGGCCCCGUCGCCGACGUCGAGGUCCAGGUCGAUACGGGCGCGGUUCUCAGGUAUCGCAGGCGCGCGCCGAACGUCGUUGCAGACGCCUGCCAGAGCUUUGGCGGCAGCAGCGGCGAGUCGGUGGAUCAGCGAGCGUCGAGGUGGGAAGCCUUGCGCACGACUUUCACGAAGUCCAACGUGCCAUGCCUGGGCAGAGUGGCCAUCGACCGCAGGGUUUGCCACGAGGCGGAGACCUGCAUCCACGAGGGCGACGGCAUCGGGCUGCGGCUGAUCGAGCGGCACGUCAAGUUCGUGUUCAUUCUCCUUCGCAACUCGUUGCUUGGCAAGAAGGCCGCCAAGGCUCCCGCGCGCCUCCUUGGAGGCUUCAUGCAAUCAUAG